GAAGUUGAGUUAUCUAUAAUAAAUGAGCCAAGAGAAUUUCAGGCAGAUAAUAUAGAUGAAACAUUAAAACCAUUGGCUCCAUCAAUUCAAAAACGAACAACACUUGCAAUUCGUAACCGGAAAUGUAAUAUUACAAAGACUCGAUUGACUCGAUCUUUUCAGGAACUAAAUAGGGAUAAUGGUGAUAUAACCUUGCCCAACAAAACCAUCACACGAUCUGCACUUGAAAAACUUUUUGAAGAAAAACAGACAGAUUGGAAAAGGUGCGAUUUCGUAAAAGCUUGUAUUGAGCAAAAUAUUCACUUAGACGAUAACGCGGAAUUGAAUAAGAAAAAAUUAUUUACUUGGUUCGAUGGCAAAACAGGCAUUAAAGUUCUAAUUGCUGAUGUUAAAUUAAUACUAUACGUAUAUGAAAU